UGGAGGAUAUUACGUGAUAAUGAUAAGCAGCUCUCGUGACUGCUUUAUUUAUUAGUUUCUUUGCGUAAUUUACAAUUCCCGAUUCAGUUUGUGCAUUUACAUUUUAGUGAAUACGGUAGGUAUACUCGAAAAAUAUGUCCUGCAGUUCUGGACAACGAGGGACCGCGCCCGCUCCCCAUAAAAAAUAAGCGACGAAGCGCAGUUCAUCCCACGCUUUCUCAGAAUUCACUGCCCUUCUAUUCAUCUGCUUUCAACCUCUCUCCUUCGUUGCUUUUCUCUGUUCUUUUUCAAUGCCUUCACAACCCGUCACCACACAAAGAAUGGACCCCACGAUUCUCAUCUUUUUACUUUACGUAAUGAUAGCCCAUGAGCUGGUUUGCGGCUGGAUGCAGUAUCGAAGACAAGCAGCAAAGCCCCGAAAACGUCACUGCCCAGUGUGGAGCUCGAGCAUCCGGGCCUGCCAUGGGACGUUUCGGGUCAGCAGCCAGCCGGUGAGAUCGGAACGGUUCAGAGACUGGAGGAAGAGUGGCAGGAUUGUCAGAAAGGCCUGAGAGACGCAGUGAUGAGGAAAAAGAUACAGCAGGAACCUUUAUGAGAACAGGACCUCUCCUGUGCUGGUUUUCUGUGUGAUGAUACUGAACAGUUCUGCUCCCUCCCACUUUUUCUGCUCUGAAUCAGCAUCAAGAUGAGAGAGUCAUGUGGGGGAGACCUUGGUUUGAGGUGACAAUCUUGUCUAUUUUAGAAAGCAGGAAAUGAGCUAAAAUGUAGGUGGCAAAGAGUAACCACAGCAUUGGAAGCCACACUUCCAUUUCCAGGGGAUGACAUUGUCCAUUGUAUUCAGUCAGGAAGGUACUCUGAUAAUUAUGUAUUCAGGGUGUGAAGUUUUUGGUUUUGUGACAUUCUGUGAUGCACCUUUUUGUUGUUGCUGUGGAGAAGUUAGGAGGUCAGUAAAUGCAGAAAGCAGAGUUUCGAAAAUGUUUUAAAUGCCACAGUUUGUGGUGUGAGUUACUGCUGAUGGGUUGGUUUGUUAGUUUGGUUUUCAUUGAGGCAAUCAAGGCUACCAUAUUAAAUUCACUUGAAUGAAGGUACUAAUGGUUGGAUUAAACAUAAUUAAGUAAAUGUUUAAUAAAGGGUUUUCAUUGAUCAGUUAAAAUGCAAAAAAAUGUAUUUCAUUUUACAGACCACGACUCAUAGGCAAUGGUAUUAAUGUGCACUCACUGAGCACUUUAUUACAUACUUAUUCAUGCGAUUAUCUAUUAUCAGUUCAUGUUCACAAUAACCAUCAAAAUAGGGAAAAAAUGUGAUCUGAGAGAUUUUGACUGUGGAAUGAUUGUUGGUGUCAGACAGGGUGGUUUGAGUAUCUCAGAAACUGCUGAUCUCCUGGAAUUUGCAUUCACAAGUUUGCAGAGAAGAACGAAAAAAAACCAUCCAGUAAGCAGCAGUUCUGUGAGCAGAAAUGCCUUGUUAAUGAGAAAGGUUCGAGUAGAAAGUCCAGACUGGUCAAAACUGACAGAAAGGUUACAGUAGCACAAAUAACUACAUUACAACAGUGGUAUGCAGAAGAGCAUCUCUGAACACACAUCAACCCUCUAAGCGGAUAGGCUACAGUAGCAGAAGACUUAAUAAGUCUCAAAAAUAAGUCUAAUGAAUACCCAAUAAAGAAUGUAUAUUCAAAGACAAGUUUAGAGAAGUCAGAUCCGAUACAUGACAUACUUAAAGGUUGGUUUCUAUUCUCGGUCAUCAGUUCUCUGAAAAGGUUCAGACACUCCUGUUUGUAUUUUAUGAAAGUACACAUUGACAUGUUUCCUUAUAUCUGAUAUUCAGAAGGUAGAUAGUUUGUUUAUUUGUGGAUGUGGAGAACAUGUUGUUAUGUAUUAAAUAAUGAAUAUUAAUGUCAGUGGUGGUCUGUUACUGUAUGUGAAAAAUGUCUGUACUGUCAUGGUGACUGUAUGCUAAUGCUGUGGGUUUCACAGUGAUAUUGACAUAUUGCAUGUUCAGAGAUGGUCUUCUGCAUACCAUUCUUGUAAUGUGUGGUUAUUUGCAUUACUGUUACCUUCCUGUAGCUUUGACCAGUCUGGGCCUUCUCCACUGACCUCUAUCAUUAACAAGGCAUUUUUGCCUUCAGAACUGCUUCCCACUGUAUGUUUUUUUAUUUAUGUUUUUUUAUUUUUAUUUUUUUAUUUUUUAUUCUCUGCAAGAUCUCAAGACUGUUGUGUGUGAAAAUCCCAAGUGAUCAGCUGAUACUCAAACCACCCUGUCUGGCACCAACAAUCAUCCCAUGGUCAAAGUCACUUCGAUCACAUUUCUUCCCCAUUCUGACAUUUUGUCUGAAAAAGACCUGAACCUCUUGACCAUGCUUUUAUGUAUUUAGAUGCUGCCACAUGAUUGGCUGAUUAAAUAUUUACAUUAGGAACCUGGUGUACGGGUCUACCUAAUAAAGUGCUCACUAAGUGUAUAGCCGUACAGUGAUAUCAGUGCAGUAUGAAGGACUGUCACUUCAGACAGGAAAGACAUUGGUGAAAGAGUUUAAAGUGCAGACUGUCAGUUUUAAUGUGUCAGUUUUAAUCUAACAAACACAUCUGUGCAUUUAGUAAUGUUGUACAUUGUGUGGAUGAGGCGCCAUUGUGGCAGCUGGGAAGUUUUAGUACUUGAUGGAACGUUGUAUUGUAUCAAUUUCUUCUCUCUUACUCUUGAUGGUGUUAUUCUGUGGCUUUCUAUUUUUCCUUUUGAAAAUCAGCAAUUAAGCUUCAAUUCCGUUCUCAGUUUCUCUUUCAGGUCAAGUCAUGCUUUCAGUACCUGUCUCCAUGCUUUUUUCUAUGAUAUUGUAUUUUUGGAGUUGUAUAUUUUAUAAUUUGGUGGUUUGUUUUGUACUUACAGUAUGUUCAUUGUAACAUUGUUCUGCAGCUCAUAGUGUAUGGCUGUAAUUACCAAACAUGGAGCUCCACAGUGAGAAAUCCUUCAACUUUCAUAAUGGUCUCUGUGCAGGUCUUUUUUCAUUGCUGUUUAAAGAUUGGGAAAUGAAACAGUUGUUUUAAUAACCUCCAGUCUUCUGCUAUGUUUUUCUUCUGGGUUUUUAAAAACCUUUUUAUUUACAGGGACUGCAUGUAAGUGUGUUUUUGUGAAAGAUGUCUGUUCCUUGUUCAUGUAACAGUGCUACAGUGUGGUCGGGUGACGAGUGCUUGCUGUAUGCGGAGCUUGCAUACGCACACGCAGCAGGUCACACAUUUUCAACAUCUCGUUGAGAGUGAGAUCUUCAUCAUUCAGUGGAGGAAAGCUUUGUUGAGCUGAGACCAUUUCUAUUUGAAUCUCAUCCUGAAGACCAUUUGAUACAUUUGUUUACUCAGGUGACCAGACCUGUUUUGAUAUCCUCCAAGCUUAACGUGUUCCAGAAGAUGAAUGGCACGCUGUCCCCUUCCAUCUUUCCCAUCAACCACAGCCUGUCAGCGCCCUGCGAGCCGGGGCCACAGCACAUCUCCAUCACCGUCCUUGUCUGCCUGCUCGGCCUGGGCGGGGCGCUGCUCAACAGCUUCAGCCUGUGGGUUUUCUGCUUCCGCAUGAAAACCUGGAGCGCCGGCACCAUCCUGCAGUUCCACCUGGGCCUGAGCGAUGCCAUGGCCACCCCCGCCAUCCCGCUGAUGGCCACGAGCUUCGCCAUGGGCAGCUGCUGGCCCUUCAGGCAGUUCGUCUGCCAGCUGAAGAUCGCUCUGCUCGGCAUGCACUUCUACGGAAGUGUGGUGUUCCUCACCCUCAUCAGCGUCCAUCGCUACGUGGCUGUGGUCCGCCACAAAAGCAACUCUGCUAUGAAGCGGGUGGGCUUCAUUCACAAGGUGUGCGGGGCUGUCUGGCUCUUUCUGCUGGUGCAGGGCAUGUCCUGCUUUGUCUUCCUGGGCACCAGCCAGGUGGGUAACUGCACCCAGUGCCUGAACAUUCACCAGGGCGAGUACAUCGACGCCUACUUCGCCAUCAACUUCGUCCUGCUCUUCUUCGCUUUCCUGCUGCCCUUCUCCAUAGCUGCAGUCUGCUACUGCCGCCUGGCCAGCUCUGUGUCGCGCAUCAAUGCCAACUCCGCCAAGGGCCAAGCCAUCAAGGCCAGGUCACUCAAGAUGGUGGCUGUCUGCCUUCUGAUAUUUGCUGUGUGCUUUGCCCCUCUCAACGUUACCCGGACUGUGGGCGUGAUGAUAAAGAAAUACUACCCUGAGCAAUGUAGGCUCCUCCUGAAGGUGGAGACAACCUAUUAUAUUGCGUGGAUCCUGGCCUGUGCCAACUCCUGCUUUGACCCAUUGCUCUAUUGCUUCGGCUCUCCGGACUUCAACAGAGCUGUGCGCUCCUCCCUCAAGUGGCUGGGGCACAGAUUUCAAGAGGCCAGCUCCAACAAUGAGCAGGACAGUCUAGAGCUCCCCACCAGGACUGCCCACUCCAUCACCUUUCUGGACAAGGAAGCACCAUCCAACACUAGCAAGUGAAGUCUCUGAGACAUACUUGUGUGGCUGAUGUGGCUACUGGGUGGCUUGUCCUGUUAAGGCUCUGUUCCGAUGUGUACAUUCACCCCACGCUGUGCUAUCUAAUCAGGACUGACCUAGUGCUGACUGCUGCAAGCAGGACAGUGUAAAAUUACCGUAAAAUGUCCUCCUCCUGUUGAUUAUGUGCCUACAGUCAGGCUGUGCCAGCCAUGUCUGCAGUGCUCUCCUUCAACAUGAUGGCUGUGUAGUCCUGUAAAGUCCAUGCUGCCAGCCUGUUCUCACUGCGGCCUGCCAGAUUAAUUCCAGGAUAUGACUCUCCUGAAUUGACGGAGGAGGUUGCAAUAAUGUAAUUUCCCAACAGUUAGACAUUCCUAAUUAUGACAUUAGCAGAAGAUACUAGUUAAGGUAGUUAAAAAAAAAUCUAAAUGUUAAAGCUUACAAUCGCAACCCAACCUAUAACUUUAUUUAAUCAACAAGGAGCAGUUGUCACAUGCCAAUCUGACUUUUUUAAUGCUGUAUAUAUAUAUGUAGAGCCACUGUGUCCUAAGAAUUAAAGGAAACUAAUUUUA